AUGGCUUCUCAUGGUGGUAACCUUUUCCCCUCUGGGGUUAAUGUUCAAGUUCAACCGAUUUAUGCUGGACUAGCAAUUGCCGUCCUAGGCGGCAUUGCAUUGUCCCGCCUUUCGUCUCGAUCCAAGACCGAUGACGGCGCGGCCCCGGGCCUUGUACAAUCAUUUUUUCUCUUCUUUUACUCCUCUUUUCUUAAACCUCACCAGGGCGAUUCAAAGGCCAACCAGCAGGAUGCUCUGGAGAGCUUCUAUAAGAAGCAGGCUGGUGCUUAUGACUCCACUCGCAAGGUCCUCCUCCGAGGACGCGAGGACAUGCUGGGCUUAGUUGUUGCCCAGCUCAAGUCAAAGGCGGAACAAGCUACCGCUGCAGGCAAGAAUCAGAACAAACGGAUUUGGGUUGACAUUGGUGGCGGCACCGGGUGGAACAUUGAGGCCAUGGGCCGCUUUGUCAAUGUUCCCGACUUCUUCACCAGUGUCUACCUUGUCGACUUUUCUCCCUCCUUGUGCGAAGUCGCUCGAAAGAGAUUUGACAGACUUGGAUGGAAGAAUGUCACCGUCGUCUGCGAGGACGCGCGCAAAUUCCGCCUUGAGAACUAUGAAACGGGCAUGAGCCCAGCUCAGAAUCCUCUCCGUUCUCCGGUUCUUAGUUACUUCAAGCAGCAGCGUCCCGAACACGGUGGCGCUGAUCUCGUUACCAUGUCUUACAGUUUGUCCAUGAUUCCUGAUUACUACUCCGUCAUCGACUCCAUCACCUGCUUGCUCUCUCCUCAUGGAAUUUUUGGUGUUGUCGAUUUCUACGUCCAGAACAGAGUCGACUUUUCUUUCCGUAACUAUACCGGCGGUGUAGUUGGCCGCCAUGUCAAUGCUCUCUCUCGAAUGUUCUGGCGUGCAUGGUUUGACUUUGAUCGUGUCGGUCUAGAACCAAGCCGUCGUGACUACCUCGAGUAUAAGUUCGGCACAGUCCUCAACAUCAAUGAACGCAAUAAGACUCUGGGCUACAUUCCAUUCUACGUCUGGGUUGGCUGUCAGAAGAAGCCGUUCUCACCUUCGAGUUUGCCUCAUGAAAUCAUUGAGCGAAUCGAUGCGCUGGCCACGGAAUCGCCUUACCUGUACCCUGUCAACCAGGGUGACGCUCUGACUCGAGCGAUUGAGAGAUCUGCUCCAGAGAUCCGCUCCAAGGCAUUCAUUACUGCGGUGCAGAAUUUGUCUGCUAACCUGCCGCUUCCGUCAUUCUUUUAUCAAAACCACCACUGGCGUAUCUACUACGACGACCAGCUGCAGAAGCACACUCAGUUCAACGACGAGUAUAUCUACGCCUUCACAUGGGAAGAUGCUCGUGUCGAUGAACGCAUUCUGAAGCUCGGCCCAGAAGACAAGGUUUUGGCAAUCAGCUCUGCUGGCGACAACAUCCUGUCGUAUCUUGCCCAGAGCCCAGCUCGUGUCCACGCGGUUGACCUCAACCCGACCCAGAAUCAUCUCUUGGAACUCAAAGCCGCUUCUUACACUGCCCUCUGCUAUGACGACUUCUGGAUGAUUUUCGGCGAGGGCAAGCAUCCCGAGUUCCGCGAGAUUCUUAUCAACAAACUGUCUCCUCACUUGUCUGCCCGUGCAUUCCAAUUCUGGCUCAACAACACCCAUGUCUUCCAGAACAAGAGCGGUUACGGCCUGUAUGAUACCGGCGGUUCCCGCCAUGCCAUCCGGGCCAUGCGCUGGGUCUCCCGUCUCUUUGGUCUUCGGGGUACUGUGAAGAAGCUCCUUCAGGCAAAGACUCUGAAUGAACAGCGAGAAAUCUGGCGCCAGAAAAUUCGCCCGGCCUUGCUAUCCAAGCUCGUGUGCAACCUCGUUGUUGCCCAAGAAAGCUUCCUCUGGACCGCCCUUGGUGUACCCAAGAAUCAACUUGCCAUGAUUGAGAAGGAUCAUGCCGAAUCUGACCUUGUCAAAGGUGAAAAGCCUGUCGCGAAGAACACUCGAUCCCACGCUAUCUGGCAUUACAUGGUGAACACUCUAGACCCUGUCGCAGAGGAGACACACCUCGCCAAGGACAACCCAUACUACUACGUCUGUCUCGCUGGCCAGUUCUCUCGCGACUGUCACCCUCAUUACCUCUCUCGUGAAGUUCACGCCAAGCUCUCCAAGCCUGGCGCGCUGGACAGUCUUCGCAUCCAUACCGAUGAGCUUGAGGAAGUCAUUGCGCGUAUUAGUCCUGGAACCCUAACUGUCGCCGUUGUCAUGGACAGCAUGGACUGGUUCGACCCUGGCUCCCCCGCUGCCGCUGCUCAAAUCACCAAGCUGAACCGCGCUCUCAAGAUGGGUGGCCGUGUUAUGCUGCGUACUUCUGCCUUGACACCUUGGUAUGUCAAGGUCUUUGAGGCCCAUGGCUUCACAGCUAAGCGCCAUGGUGGCAGAAUUGACGGCGCCUGUAUUGACCGUGUCAAUAUGUAUGCCAGCUGCUGGAUCUGCACCAAGGUUGAGAACCUGCCUCCCCCAACUCCCGAAAUGGACCGCAUUGGCGGCCAGGAGAUGCCUAGCUUGACUAUUUGA